AUGGCAGGAACUACAUCCGACCACGAGCUCAUUCGGAACACCAUUGCCAGCGUCGCCAUCUCAUUCGAUGUCAAAAAAUUCGAAGACCUGCGCAAUUUCCUGACGGAACAUGUUGUCGCCGAUUACACUGGGUCACUUGGUCUAAUGGAGGGGGCAGACGCUGUCAUUGAGGGCUUGUCCAACGCGAUUGGGCACAUCAGCACAUUUCACGGCCUGACGACCCAAACCAUCCACCUCACUGGCGACGAUACCGCAGAAGCUACAACCUACUGCGCGGCUGGUCAUUUCUUGGGCGACAAGUCUUUCCUCGCGGAAGCCAGAUAUUUUGACAAGCUUGUGAAGGUUGUCGAGCAAGACAGCGUGAAGUGGAAGAUCUCAUACCGCCUGACCACUAUGAUGGGUGUUCCCCGAGGUGAUGUGUCGAUGUUCAGCAUCGAUUUGAAUGAAUGGGCUGAUAGCUUGAAGGCCUAA